AGCAAGUUUGUUCCUCAGUGCGGGAGGACAUACAGAGAAGCACCACGCGCAAUUUCUCUUAGCUAACGAACAACCCAAGAGAAGAGGAAGAGGCCGCUAGAUAACGAUCCUUUCGGAUAACGUUAGAACUUAUCGCUAAGGUAUUCAUUUGGGUUUCGAAUCUUCAUAUGAAUAUCGCGCAUUUAGAUGGCAGAAUCUCCGGCUACAUCUGGCGACCAUCAAAAGGAUCGUAGCAAAGAGAUGAUGGAGUUGAACAAGGGUUUAGAGAGAAUGAUCGAAUACAUGGAAAAUCAAUCAGUGCAGCUAAAGUGGAUGGCCUAUGACAUGGUGGUGCAGCGGACCAGUCCUGAUCUGGGGGACUCCCUACGGCGGCUGGAAGAAGAGUUCCUCCGCUACAAGGCUGGCAUCUGUGGCUUCCCUGGGGAACAGGAGCCAAACCAGGGACAGGGGCUGGGAAAGGACCAGGGGGUGGGGAAGGGAAUGGAGGAGUGUCCUAGACCAGUGGAUGGAUACCGCCUCCACCCCACUAACAGAGAUGCAUGAUUCACUAGGAUUGUCUGAUGUUCUGACCUUUAUUCAAAGCUAGUAGCCUGUGCCCUGUAUGCUUGUCUACAAUGUUGUUGCAGUUAUAUGUAGACUAGAGUUCCAUAUCUGCAGCAGCAGCCUCUCUUUGACAGAAGCAGAAGCCACUGGAGAUAGAUGAUAGAAAUAGAUGUCUCCUGCCCCACACUGCAGGCUGUUGUAUAGUGCUGUUGUAUGGUGCUGUUGUAUGGUGUUGUAUGGUGCUGUUUUAUGGUGCUGUUGUAUGGUGUUGUAUGGUGCUGUUGUAUGGUGCUGUUGUAUGGUGCUGUUGUAUGGUGCUGUUGUAUGGUGCUGUUGUAUGGUGCUGUUGUAUACAGAUUGUGGUUGUGUGUUGUUAAGUACAUGUUAUAGACUGUGUGUGAUCCAUCUCUGGACAGGGUGUUCAAGGCACUCUGGUGUUGUUCUGAUUGUUGUUAUUAAUUUGUGGUUUGUAUGUUGUUUGGUCACAUUUUAAAUAAAAAGCUUAAAUGAGAA